CCCGUUGUGCCGCAGUACGCACUCCAGUCUUUCAGAAAACCAAUCCUUCAAAGAUAUAUGAUCAUGGCCGCUACUAAGUUGCAGGUUUGCAUGGCGCUAAUGGUGGCGAUGGCGGUGGCGAGCGCGGAGCUGGGUGAAGGGGCCUUGACUUGCGGCCAGGUCGGAACCGGCGUGGCAUCGUGCUUGAGUUACGUCAUGGGGAAGGGACCGCUGACGCCCGGCUGCUGCAGCGGGAUCAAGUCCAUCAACGCAGCCGCCAGAACCACGGCGGACAGGCAGCAGGCUUGCCGCUGCUUGAAGGAUAUCGCCGCGAGUGCCAAAAGUAUCAACUUCGGCCUCGCCGCCGGCAUUCCGGGCAAGUGCGGCGUCAGCGUCGGCUUCCCGAUCAACCCAUCCGUCGAUUGCAACAAGGGUCAAGUAAGGAGAAGGUAUAGUGAUCGAGGAAGGCAGCCGAUUGAUGUGCCCAAUUAAGUUAGCUAAUUAAGUGAAGUUGCAUGUAUUGCGAAGAGAAUAAAAGGGAUUGUUGGUUAUUGUAGUGUAGUACGUAGAUAAUAUAAUGCUACAAGGCAUCAGUCCAUGUAUGCUUACAUCUGGGUCUCAGCCUCAGGGAGGGAGCGAGAGUAAAUAUUAUAUAUUAAUGUCCGUAGCGUGUUUCUAUAUAUUAUCUCUGUGUUAUUCUAUAACCGAACCGGAGGCUGAACCAGAAAAGUUAAUGGUUUAGGGUUCAACGAUUAACCGUUAAAAAAUCGUUGGUGAACCAUUGAUAGAACCGUCCAUGAUAUAUAACAUAUAAGACUU